CAACCCCCCGGUCCAGAAGGGUAGGGAGGAUAGAUAUUGCACAGAGUAAUGAUGUCCCAAGGCCAAGGCCUAAGGUUAAUUUCCUACCAAAGUCGACCCAACGUCUCACACCCAUUUCUAUUAACUGCCCACACUCUCCAACCUUCCCGGUCAUGGAACCAUUUCUCUUUCAAAACACCUGGAAUGCCAAAACCAUUCCAUCUCCAACUCCCACUCCCUCUACCGUCCCACAACUCCCACCAAACCCAAACAGGGACCCAAGACGACGGCAUCCCCAUCGACGACGUCAAAGUCAUCGCCAAAUUCAAAACCAGGUAUAACUAUAUCCGCGUUCUCCAAGUUUCUCGAAGGGCCGACCACCCUUUCGCCGGCUCUAGGCUCCUCCUCCUUGAUUCCCCUGGAAACAUCCACAGCAUUUCUUUCCUCUUCAAAUCACUCACCAACACUUAUUUCGACGUUUUUGCCACUCUGCCUCCCAUUUUACCCCCUGGAGCCGUUGGCAUUCUCGGCUUCGGGGCGGGCUCCACGGCUCGCCUGAUGCUUGAAUUAUACCCAGAUUUGAUAAUCCACGGAUGGGAACUUGACCCAUCUGUGGUUGCAGUUGGAAGAGAAUAUUUUGGCCUUGAAAAGCUUGAAAAACAAUACCCAAAUAGACUUUUCAUUUCCAUUGGAAACGGAUUGAAAGCUAGCAUUAGAAACGGGUUUGCAGGUAUUUUAGUGGAUUUAUUCAGUAAAGGUAGUUUGAUACCAGAGCUUCAGGAACCAAGCACGUGGCACAAGUUAAGGAAGAGCCUGAGAAAAGGCGGGAGAAUCAUGGUGAAUGUAGGGGGUAGUUGCGUGGAGGCUGAGGAUGAAGGCAGAAAUGGGAAGAUGGUGAUGGAAGAGACAUUGAAGGCCAUGCAUAGGGUUUUUGGCGACAAGCUUUUUGUAUUGAAUCUUCGGAACCGAAAGGAUGAUGAUAGUUCCCUCGCUUUAACUGGCGAAUUGGCGGUGCCGGAUCGUGAUGCCUGGAAGAAGGCGCUUCCGCAUUCUUUAAAGGGUUACGUUGAUAUGUGGGCUCCAUAUCAGGGCUGAUUCUUGAUUUGGUGAUCAACAUUGAUGUGCCGAUGUUAUCUUCUUGUUUCGCAGGAUGUUCGAAGAAAUGGGUAGAGGAAUGGCCAUCUUUUCUCGCUAAUAAUAUAUACACCUCCGGUUCUUCACUUGCAUACAGCAUUGGAAAACGCCCUGAGAUCAUCCUAAUGCUUGGAGUUUCAGUUCUAUCUCUUUUUGAAUAUCUCUACAAGUCCAUCAACCUUCACACCUCAACAAUAUUCUAUUCUAUUCCAUGUAUGUAUGGUCGAUGAACAUACAUUGUUUUUUCACAAAUGAAACAAAAGAUUUGAGUAAGUCCUGAAAUUAUUGAAGAUCUUUUCAACCCAUUGUAGUGUUUUGGAAUACUUCUCUAAAUCAACUUCUCAUAUUUUCUUAA